AUGAACUUGAGGAGCAGAGGUUCAUCAAGCCUAGUUCCAAGAGUUGAAGACAUAGUUGCACUUGAGAGGGAUAUAGCAAUAAAGAGAAGAGAAGAAGAGCAACAGGCUCACUUUCAGAGAUUGGGGUUUGAAAUGGAGCACAAUCAGAAUCAGCAGAACAACAAGUAUCAUGGCCUUGCUGCUGAAGAUCCAUUUGAUCACUUGAACAAGUUUGAUAAGUAUUGUGGUUUGUCCAAGACCAAUGGUGUUUCUGAAGAUGCCUUCAAGCUCAAGUUGUUCCCCUUUUCUUUGGGAGACAAAGCACACCAAUGGGAGAAGACUCUUCCAAGUGACUCUAUCACAACUUGGAAUGAGUGCAAGAGGGCAUUCCUAGAGAAGUUCUUCUCUAUCUCAAGGACGGCCAAGAUCAGGAAUGAGAUCUCUAGCUUUCAGCAGAAGAACCUAGAGGGCUUUAGUGAAGCUUGGGAGAGGUUCAAAGGCUAUUGGUCUCAAUGCCCACAUCAUUGCUUCACCAAAGAGAGUUUUCUCAGUACCUUCUACAGAGGUGCUCUUCCAGAGUUCAGGAGCAGAUUAGACACAGCCAACAAUGGUUUCUUCUUGGGUAGAACUGAAGAGGAUGCAGAAGAGCUGAGUGACUCAGUCUACAGUGAGGAGUAUGAUAGAAGCAAUGGAGGUGAUGAUCAGCACACCAGGAAAGAGCUGAAGUCUCUCCAAGCCAAGUUGGAUCUACUUCUUGCAGAAAAGGCUAAGCAGGAGACGAUGAACUUUGUUGGUGACCAGAAACAAGAGGCACCUCCAGUGAUCAAUGAGGUUGAUGGUUUAGAAGGCCAAGAGGAGUUGUGCUUCAUCAAUGCUAAUGGCACAUGGUACAAGAAAGAGCCCAACUUUCAGUACCAAAACAACUAUCAGCAAAGGCCCCUCUACAACAACCAACAAGGAGGUUACCAAGCCAAGCAGAAUUAUCCUCAAGGUUUCACCAACCAAGGCAACCAGUCUCCUAAGACUCAAGGAAGCUCUUCCCAAGCUCAAGCUCUAGAUUCAAGUGUGGACUCCAUGUUCAAGAAACUCUUGGAAUUUCAGACCAGAAAUGAGAAGACAAUGGUUUUUGAGUUCAAGAACAUCCACACAAAGAUUGAUGAGAACUACUCUGACCUCAACAACAAAUUCUUACAACUUGCCUCUCACUUCAAGGCUUUGGAGAGUCAAGUUGCUUCUAUGCCUUCAUCCUCCAAGCAGCCAAUGGGGUCUCUACCAGGGAAACCAGAAAAGAACCCCAAGGAGUCUUGCAAUGUUGUCUUCUCCACUACUUCUUCAGAGAUUGAGCUGAGUGAUCAUGAGAAAGAGGAAGAUGAGAUUGAAAGAAUGGUAUUUGGAACUGAGUUUGGGGAAGAUGAGAGAUUUGUUGUGGCCACAGCUGAAGCACAGAUUGUGAAGGACGCUGUCAGGAAGAUUGAAGCAACGAAUCUGCAAAGAGCUGAGCACAAGGCUAAGAAACAAGUUGAGAAGAGAGCUGACAACAAGCUGAAAGAGGUUAAGCUAGAGGAAGCCACUGAGGUUGAGCUAUCACCCUAUGAUAAGCUCCCUUUCCCCCAAAGAGUUCUCAUCAAAGCUCGGAAGAAGGUGCUCUCUAAGUUCAGGAAAGAUCUUAGUGAUGUUGGGGUCAGGCUUCCAGAAAUCUCGGGUAUGCGUGAAGCUUAUGUCCAGAUGAUGCUCAUCAACGACAUUCUAGACCACCAAGCUGAAAUGUCCGAGCUUUUGGACAUCUCCAUUUUGAAGAUUGAUCCAUCAAUCCCUCCAAAGUCCUUCCCUAAGCUUGAGUCUCAAGGGAUGUUCACCUUGCCUUGCUACCUUGGGAUUGAGAGCAUGGAGCCAAAAACAUCUUCCCUAAAGUUUGGAGAUUCCACUUCUACAACUCCUAUUGGUCUCAUCAAGGACUUCCCUUUGAAGAUGGGAGCAUGCACCAUUCCUAUAGACAUCACUGUUCUGAAGAUGGCUACUGAGAAGAGAGUUUAUAUCUUGGAUUUGGGAAGUGAUAAAGUUGAGAUUGAUAAACAAAAGAUUGUCAUGAGAAAGAAAAGCGCUAGGGACCUAGAAUAG